AGUUACAACAUGGAAGAAUGAUUGUGAUUCACGUCCUCAUCCCAUUUACCCAAAGCAAGACUCGUUUUGAUUAAUGUUGUUGGCACCAGGGGUUGAAGUGACUUCAAUGUAGGCAAGUGCCUUCAUACUGAUAGAAAAUAAUACUCAGACUUCGUUACGUCUGACCAGUAGUGAGUACGAUUUUCGUACACUGGUUGUGGGAUACGUGUUGAUAUGUUGACAGGCUGGGAGAAUGAACUUGCAUGUUCAGUGUGAAGGCUGUGCCUCAAAUAUGAAUGUCCUGAGAAUACAUUCAACACAACCUUUAAACAGGAUCUAGAUACAGAUUCCUUUGUUGUGAAAGAAACAGGAUGAGUGAGAAGUCCACAGGGGCAGAACUUCCAUCUCAGUUGGAUCCCCUGCAACUUGCCCUCAAGAAGGUCUACUCAAUACACAAGGAGAAGAUCAGAGAACUAGCAGAUGAAAGAGAGGAAUAUAAGAAAGGCUAUGAUCACCUUGGCCAACACAAAACCAGACUGUUGGAGAAAGUGAGGAAUCUGCAGAACCAGAAUGAGAUCCUCUACCGUGAAAACACUCGUCUCCGGAAUGUUCUGGAUGACCUCCGAGCUCGGGAUGGGCGUGGCAGUGGGAAGUGUCAGAUGUGUGAGCACCUGCAGGGUUCCAUGUCGGCCAUACAGGAGGCGUACAAGCACAGCCUGGAGGAGAAGGAGAAGAUGAUCCACUAUUUGGAGGAGCGAUUAUCUGAGAGCAACAAGCAAGUGUCACUGUCAAAUCUGAACUUGUCAAAUCUUCUGACCCCAAACACAUCCUUUGAUGGAGCAGAUAGUGUACUGGGAAAGAGUCCAGCUUCUACAGCUAAAGACAAAAAUGGAAACACCUCCACAACUGCUGGUUCCAGAACAAUGAAGACUGUCACACAAACACACUGUACAGAAAAUAGGGUUGAUGAAUCGGCAGAGAAGGUCAGUCGGAGAUCAUCUGGUAGAAGGGGAGCUAAUCUCAAGAGGAAUGAAUGCUUAGAUGAAGCUGAUUCAGCUGGAAGAGAAUAUAGCCAGAAAACAUCUGAUAAGAGACAUUUAGAAGCCGGUGAUACAAAAACACCACAUGUUAUACACUGUGCAAGGAGUGAUGCUACCUCCAGUACUCUACACAGCCGCACUGGGAGGGAGGGCAGUGGCCAGACUAUGUCCGUGGAUGAGGAGGGAUGUCGGUCUGAUGGGUCCAGUGACAAGGAAAGUCCGGAGUCGGCCCGACUGAGGAGGCUGCAUCUGGGCAGGAAGCCGGGGAAGAGAAGCCGAUACACUGAGGAUACAGUACAGGAGAACAAGAAACACAAAUUUGACACUUCCCAUGUUCUUAACACAUCUGAUGAAUCACAUGGACCUCCUGCCUGGCCACCCAAACAAGCACAGCGCUCCUACCACGCACAUCAGUCUCGUGUACUGGUUCAGGAGACAUGUGACCCAGACACGGACAGGACAGCCUCCAUGAGUUCAGAUGGCUCACCAGAGAAGCCAUCAAGGACAUCUUUAGCAGAAAAGUGCAACAAUGCCGAUUUUGGUGUUGUCCCAGAGACACUGGGUAUGGGGCUUACCAGCAGUGAGAGUGAGUCCGAUUCGGACAUGGACACGCAGGACACCAUCAGGGCCAAGUCUGUGGAUGGAAGUCCAGAUAAUGUACUUGUUAGUCCUCCAUCAGAUGUGGAUGACAAGAUGGAGAAGGUUAAACAGAUUCUGGACAGGAGAAGUAGGACAGUCAGUGAUAAAAAACAGCAGGAAGAGAAAGCAGCAUCAAGAAAAGAUGAAAGCAGAUGUGAUGAAAGUAUCUUGGAUCAUCAUAAAAAGGGGACAAGAUCAAGUGCUAGUGUGGUAGUGACAAAAUUAGCAUUAGAUGAUACGAAUGGGAAGGAUAUGUCCCCAAGACCAUCAUCUCCAGUAUUUUCUGGUGUGAAGGGAUCUCGGCAGAGUAUUGAGUCUCCCUUCUUGUUUGAGGAGGAUAGGCCAGACAGCAGCAGGUCUUCCAGUAGGAGGAGUGCCAACAUGAGUGGGAUGAUGUCUGACCAGGAGUCACCUCUCUUGCUGAAACCAGUGGAGGCAGUUGCAGCCUACAGCAAUGAAUGUGGACAGAGUCCCUCUCUCAAGGAAGCACCAAGAACUUCAGAUGUCUCUGGAAGAAGAACACAGGAACGAAAUCACACAGACUCCGAGUGCUUGCAAGCUGGGAGGACCUCUCAGGAAAGGCUGCAGAGGACUGUUCAUGCUAGAAACUUGAGAAAAGCUGAGAAGCUGAAGCAGACGACACUGAGCCAGGCUUUCACCCCGAGUCCACCUGGCCUGCCUCUGAAUGUAUCUCCCACUAAACCCGAGGAAAGGGCUGCUAUUGACAAGGCUAUCAGACUUUCACUACAGGAGAUACAUGGCAACACAGAGGAUGUCAGAACAAAGAAGUCUGUGUUUGUGAGAAGUGAUGAUAAACCUUGUGAUGCUGAGAAUGUCCCCCCUAUUUUUAAGAGGCCACCUUCACCAAGGUCACUGAGAUCUCCAGUCAAGAAGACAUCACCACACAAGAAGUCACCACACAAACAGAAAUCAGACCGACCUUCCAGAACACAACAUGACCAUGAGGAUGUGAUAGACUUAGAUGAAACUGUAGCUCCAGAUUCAGCAUCCUUUGACACAUUUUCUAAUAAAGGAGGCAGUAUGGAUCAGACGAGGAAGUUUCCAGUUCAUGUUCUGAAUGAAAGCCUAGACCCUGAUGUAAGCCUGACUCAGUACUGCUCCGAUACAGAACUGCUGUCACAGAGGCCAGGCCUGAGAAGAAGCUUGAAGAGAGUCUCGAGGAAAGACCUGAGGUCAGACCAAGGACCCAGGUUGGGAUCUCACAGUCAGGGGUCACAGGCAGCCUCUUUGGAUGUAGGGGAGGAGACUUGUUAUAGAACAAAGGCUGGGAAUCAUAACUUACAUAGCAAUAGAACUCAUACGGACCCUGCUUCCAGAGAUGCUAAAUCUACAUUUAGCAAGAAGAAAAAAGAUGGAAGAGGUUCGACUCCUGAGUCUGGUAAUGAAUACGUGAAAGACAAGUUAAGAACAACAAAGUCUAGUGUCCCGAGUUUUGAUUCCUUCAAUGAAGGAGUGUCGCUGGACCAUGAUGACUACCUUGCUGACAGUGGGGUCAAUAAAUCAAGUGCUAUUGUAGUGAGUGGAUCCAGCAAGCCCAGUGCUAGUGUAGAGAGUGAAGGACCAUCUCUACACACAGUGGACCACGAGGAAAAUGAAGCAGAUGUCACCCUCGACCCCAAGUUCAUGAAAGCUCACAUGUUCCAGGCACAGAUUGAUAUUGAUAGUGUGCAAACAGAUUCUGACAGUAUUCCACUCAGCUCACGCAGUUUCAAAUUUGGCUCUUCCAAAUCAUCCAAAUCUGGAGAUUCUCAAGGAAAGGAAGCAAGGAUCGGGGAUGAUGAAGAUGAGCUGGAGGAGGAGGAACACACAAUUACUCCUGAUGGGUGGGGUCACAGGAGGGAGCCCUUGAAUGACAGCUUCGACAGAGUGCCCAGGAAGCAGCAGGCUGAUUAUGCCUAUGUGGACGUUGUGAGAAAGAAGGCGGAGAGACAACAGCUCAAGGCCUCCAGCUGUCAGGAGUGUUAUGAGUAUUACAAGAGCAAAGGCUGCUCGGAGGAGGAAAUCCAGCAACAGAUCCAGGAUUGUUCCCGACACCGAGCCCGCUACCUGCCACCUUCCACACCCGAACACUUCUGGUCCAUCGGAUUCCCUGACACGCAGGAGUGUGAGGAGAGAGGCUAUAUCCGGGUAGAGUCACCUUCAAAACAGAAACCUGGGUAUCGACGCCGGCGGAAGCUGACCAAACGGUUCAAGUCUCGAGGGGAAGAGGAGAAUGACUCCCAGACAGAUACACAGAAGUGACAAGGUUGAUCAGCACCUUCAGAUCACUGUAGACAUCUAAUGUAUAUGUGGAGAGGGAAACUGUUUAGUAAUAGUUGGUAUUAUUUUGUUAUAUGUGUUCCCUUUUGAUUUGUUAUAUGUAUUCCCUUUUGAUAAGCCAUUUAUAAUGAAGUAUUUAUAUAUGAAAUACUGAAAAUUGCAAUACAGUAUAAUUUAUUAUUUAAAUGUGUUAAUGAAUUGUGAGUUGACUUGGAUACACUAACCAUGUCAACAUAGGCCAAAAAUAGUACAUGUAUAUAACUGGCUGCAUUAAUAUCACUACAACACAAUAGUUAAUUUUUUCUGAUUACUAUUUUAUCAGAAGUAAUUUGCAGGGUGUCCCCACAAGUGAUCAAGUUCACCUCACUAUCGAGUUGAACUAAUCCUGUGGUGGUGGUGAGCUUUGUUUUUGAGUGUGAAUGUGUAAUCUUAUUUGUCUGGAAUGAAAUGCACCUGUUCUGUUAUCUAUGAUUGAGAUGUUCUACACUGUUAUGAGCUCAAAUGGUAAUAAAAAAUAUUGACAUUGA